ACUGCUCUGCGCCGCCCCGGGAAGAAAGCCCGCGAGCCGCGCCUGCCGGAAGGGGCCGAGCAGUUGACUGGUUUCCUGGCGACGCGGCUGUGCUAGUGGCUUUCCCCAGAGUUUGUACUUUUCCUGACCAGUGGUUACAGGCCAUGCCGUCUCUGCUCUCAACCCCCAAGCUGGCUCCCGUUCUAGCAAGGCUCCGCGGCCUCUCAGGAUGCAUGUCAUGUUUACAGCGAAGGUACUCCCUCCAGCCUGCGCCGGUAAAGAAGAUUCCAAACCGGUACUUAGGCCAGCCCAGCCCGGUUACACAUCCACACCUCCUCAGACCAGUGAAUGAUACCACUGUGUCUCUCAGUGAGGACUUCCUUUGGCUGAUUCUCCAUCAGGCUGGAAUUCCUGCUGGGCAGUCUGCUGACACUCAGGAAAUGCAGCUCACCACUGAAACACACAAGAAAUCAGAGUUUUUCAAAGCUGUAAGGGGAGGUGACACCAGGGCUAUCUCAGGUGGAAUAUGCACUUCGAAGACAUAAACUUAUGGCUCUGGUCCACAAAGAAGCACAAGGGCACAGUGGAACAGACCACACAGUGGUGGUACUCUCUAACCCUACGUACUAUAUGAGCAACGACAUCCCCUACACAUUCCAUCAAGACAACAACUUCCUGUAUCUCUGUGGAUUCCAAGAGCCUGAUAGCAUUCUGGUCCUUCAGAGCUUCUCUGGGAAGCAGUUACCAUCCCAUAAGGCCAUGCUUUUUGUGCCUCGGAGAGAUCCUGGCCGAGAAUUGUGGGAUGGCCCUCGAUCUGGCACAGAUGGAGCAAUAGCCUUAACCGGAGUGGAUGAAGCCUACCCGCUGGAAGAAUUUCAACACCUGCUACCAAAACUGAGAGCUGAGACGAACAUGGUUUGGUAUGACUGGAUGAAGCCUUCUCAUGCACAACUUCACUCUGACUACAUGCAGCCUCUAACUGAAGCCAAAGCCAGGAGCAAGAACAAGGUUCGGAGUGUCCAGCAGCUGAUACAGCGCCUAAGGCUGGUUAAGUCUCCUUCAGAGAUUAAGAGAAUGCAGAUUGCUGGGAAGCUGACGUCAGAGGCUUUCAUAGAGACCAUGUUUGCCAGUAAAGCUCCGAUAGAUGAAGCCUUUCUUUACGCGAAGUUUGAAUUUGAGUGCCGUGCUCGAGGUGCCGACAUCUUAGCCUACCCACCUGUGGUUGCAGGCGGUAAUCGCUCCAACACUUUGCACUAUGUGAAGAAUAAUCAACUCAUCAAGGAUGGUGAGAUGGUUCUUCUUGAUGGAGGCUGUGAAUCAUCCUGCUAUGUGAGUGACAUCACCAGGACAUGGCCUGUCAAUGGCAGAUUCACCGCCCCUCAGGCAGAGCUCUAUGAAGCUGUUCUGGAAAUCCAAAGAGCUUGUUUGACUCUGUGUUCCCCUGGGACGAGCUUGGAGAACAUCUACAGCAUGAUGCUGACGCUGAUAGGACAGAAGCUUAAGGAUCUGGGCAUCACAAAGACCAGCAAGGAAAGCGCCUUCAAGGCUGCUCGAAAAUACUGCCCUCAUCAUGUUGGCCAUUACCUCGGGAUGGAUGUCCAUGACACUCCAGACAUGCCUCGGUCACUCCCUCUGCAGCCUGGAAUGGUGAUCACAGUUGAACCAGGCAUUUAUAUCCCAGAGGACGACAGAGAUGCCCCAGAGAAGUUCCGAGGGCUCGGAGUUCGGAUUGAGGAUGAUGUAGUGGUGACUCAGGACUCACCUCUUAUCCUUUCUGCAGAUUGUCCCAAAGAGAUGAAUGACAUUGAACAGAUCUGCAGCAGGACCUCGUGACCACCACUGUGGCAUCCCUGCUAUGCAGGUAGUCAGUGUCUCUGGGGAUUAGACACAGCUUCCCUGGGAACUGCACAGCCAGUGAGCGAGGGCAUCUUCAUGUUAAAUGGAUGUAAAUCUGGAACCGUGGAUUGUGGAAUAAUCUGUUACUACAACUUUAGUGACAUUAAUUCUGAGACGUUAAUGAUCCAGAAAGUUUAACAUGUGAAUGUAAAGUAAGGGCUUGGUUAUGUGUCCCUGCAUUCCAGUUAACACAUUUCAACAGAAAACUCUCUUCAUCCCUUUCUGCACUUCUUCUGAGAUCCACUUAAGAUGCUUGUGUGAGGCCCACAUGUUUUACUUCUCACCAAAGUUUCAGCCUAUGCUAAUGGCUACCUGUCGGCGUUUGAGGUGGCCAAUACUUACUUGCCAUGGCCUCUGCCUCCUGGUCCAGGUUCUGCACACGCACACCCACUGGAAUCUCUCAGGCCUCAGGAAACACAGGGGUCCUGCUGUGUUUCCAUUCAGCCAGAAUACAGCAACAGUCAGCCAACAAGAGUCUUGGAUCUUUCUUGCCAUUUGAUUGCACAGAACAUGGAAAGUGUCUAGGUUCUUCUUGGAAAGAAAAUGAAAGAGAAAGGAAAGUAUCUAUGUGUCUCCACAGAUCCAGCUCUGUUUUCUUCCAUUUAAAGGAGUUUUUUUUUUUUUUCAAAUGUCCACCUUCCUCUCUUUCACAAGUUAUUUUCUCAGACAAAAUGUCACUAUGUUCCUCAGGUCCUUCAUAGUUGCUGUGCUUUGUGACAGGAUCUUAUGUAGCCCAGGCUGGCCUCAAACUCAAUAUACAGUUAUUGCUGGCCUCAAAAUAUUGAUCUUCCUGCACUGCGCCCAGCUCACUUUUAUGGGGGGGGGGUUAUGCGCAGGUGUGUAUGGUUGGUCGGUUGGUUGGUUGGUUGGUUGGUUUUUAGCAAGGUUUCUCUGUGUAGCUCUGACUAUCCUGGAACUCGAUCUGUUGGCCAGGUUCACCUUGAACUCAGAGAUCUGCCUCCUUCUGCCUCCCUAAAUGUUGGGAUUAAAAGCAUUAUCUACCACCACUCAGUUCUUUAUAGGUUCUUAAUGAAUUGAUCCAUGUAGCUACUUGCAGCCAUGUAUUGUCAAAAUCAAUGCAUACUGCUGCUUCUCCUUGUCUUCGUCUCCCCCACUCCCCGUGGUGACUCCCCUGGCCUCAAUCCUUGGGGCCAGUGAAACUGCCUGACUCAGCUUCCCAGUAAACCUCCUUUUAAUUUAAAAAACAAAAGCAUGACAAACUCAGAAUGGGCAUAGUGACUAGUGCCUGUAAUUCAGCGUUCUGAAUGCAGUGUCAGGAAUAUGGUCAUAGGGUCAAGGCCCAGAGCAGCCUGGUCUGCAGAGCAAGUCACAGCCACUCAUGGCUAUGUGAUGACCCUGUCUAAAAAUUAAAACAAAAUAAAAGGUUCUGCAGUCUUGUGUUAGAUAACAAUAAAAUUAAAUAUAUGGGAUGCAUUCAGUAGUUAUGAAUACCCUAUGGUCCACCUCUUACUCUAACGCUAGGGGAUGACAUGGCAAGGCAGUGGCAGAGUCAUGUUUCUUUCCCUAAACACAGCAUCUGGUUCAGUUGUACAACCCAGAUUGCAAGGUGAGCAAGUCAGGGCUGGAUGAAUACAAAUGGUUAAUUAAGAGCUUGUGUGAGGGGCUGAAGAGAUGGCUCAGAGGUUAAGAACACUGACUAGAGGUCCUGAGUUCAGUUCCCAGCAACCACAUGGUGGCUCACAACCAUCUGUAAUAGAAUCUGAUGCCCUCUUGUGGUGUGUCUAAAGACAGCUGCAAUGUACUCAUUAUACAUCAAAUAAAUAAAUAAAUCCUUUAAAAAAAAAAAAAAAGCUUGUGUGAACUGGGCAUAGUCCCUUAGCACUUGAAGCAGGCAGAUCUCUGAGUUCAAAGUCAGCCUGAUCUACAGAUCAAAUUCCAGAACAGCUACACAGAAAAACCCUGUCUCAAAAAUAAAAUACGCUUAUGUGACAGAGGGAAGCCCUAAGAGCUAGUGUGUAAACUUCUUUUAAAUCUGAGUAUGUGUAGUCCCAUGGUAAACAAAACCUGCUAACUGCUACAACAUAAAUCCAAGGGUUUUGUGGGAUCUGCCCCUACUUUCCAUAUUUCUGUUAGGGAAGUGCAAGCUAGAAGAUUAGCAAACAGUCUCUGCAGUGCAGGUAGCUGACACAUCUUAAGAAAUUUCACAGUACACCUAGAAACCAGCAGGGGACAAAGGUAGUGUGAGAACUAAACAUUAGGACACAAAUGGCCCUCUGACUACUCAUCCUCAAGGCCUUAUCAGUCUCUCCUGAGGGCUGUAACAGUGGCGGCUGCCCGCCCAGUCUGUCCUUUCUGCCCGUUGUCCGUCUUCUGGGUCUCAGACCUAACCUACUUUUAAAGAAGGAAGAAUAAAUCCAUUACCAUGGCUUCUCACCCACCUGGCUCUGUGCCCAAACAGCCUUCGCUUGGAGUGACUUUCCUUUCUUUCUGUAAGACAACGUCGUCUGCAGUUCUCACCUUUGUAGCUGAAAGCCUGGGCCGCUUUUAUGUAUAGCAGAGUUAGAGAGGAAACUGACUUCUGCUUACAUUACAGUCAAGUUCUGCAGAUGUAACUGGUGGUUAGGGUGGCUUUGAUGGAGUUGUGGUGAAUUUGGUCUAUGGUCCAACCUGCUACCCAUUGAGUCCCAGAUUAAGCCAAGCAUUUCAGUUGGACUGUUAGAACCAUCCAGAAAACAGUGGAGAUGGCUCAGCUGCCUCAGAUGUGUGGCCAGGCUGGUCUUGCUGGGAUUCCAGGUGCACCAGCACAUACAGUAAGACUCACUGAGCGGGUGAGUAACUUACUCACAGGGCAACUUACUACACAUCGUGUUUCUAGAGUUAGUGUUUUGUGCAUGUGUGCCCCAGUCUUUCCUCUUAAAAGGGCUUUUUACCUGUCAGCUUGCCAUUUAGUGUGCUUGUUGGUUUGGUUUGGUUUGGUUUGGUUUGGUUUGGUUUGGUUUGGUUUGGUUUUUGAGACAGGGUCUCUCCUGGAACUCAUUAUAUAGACUAGGCUAAUACCAUACUGAAAGAGAUCCACCUGCCUCUGCCUCCCAAGUGCUGAAGUUAAAAGCGUGCACCACCACCACAACCAGCAACUUUUUUUUUUAUGAUGCUGUAAUUGAAUACAGGAAUGCUUUAGACAUGCUAAAUAAGCUCUGCACCUCUGAAUGAACUACAUCCUCAGCUCAAUUCUCUUUCCUAGAUUGGAGAGAGAUGGCUGCAUCAUUAAUGUAAGCAUUUAAGUGAAGGGUACCCUAUCUGGUACCCAGUGUCACAUGGUUUUAUGUGAUUAGUUCAGAAUCUGGUAUAUGUCUCCUGUAACAAAGGGACUGCACCCAGGCAUUGUAGCUCACACCUAAAACCAUGGCACUUACAAGACUGAAGCAGGAGGAUUGUUAUGAGUUAUAAGACUAGUCUGGGCUACAGAUUAAGACCCUGAUUCAAAAAUGAAAAUAAUAAUAACAUAGAGAAAGUUUUUUAUAACAGUGUUCCAGUAAUCCCUGCCAACUCCACAGUUGAAGCUGAGUUGGAAGCGGCUGUCAUCACUGACUAGAAGAUAAGAGAUGAAAGCACCACUUACCAAGCCAGGAGGUGACAGCACACACCUUCAAUCCCAGCGCUCGCUCAUAGGGCACACCUCUGAGUUUAAGCUCUACAGCCUGAUCUACAUAGCAAGUACCAGGACAGCCUAGAAAGACUCUGCUUCAAAACACCAAAAGAAAGAAAGAAAUUGAAGUAGAUACCCAGGCUAAUGGUGUCAUAAAGAACCCUGUACAGCCAGGCGGUGGUGGCGCAUGCCUUAAAUCCCAACACUUGGGAGGCAGAGGCAGGCGGAUUUCUGAGCUUGAGGCAGCCUGGUCUACACAGUGAGUUCCAGGACAGCCAGGGCUACACAGAGAAACCCUAUCUUGAAAACAAAAAAAAAAUUCCUAAAGUGGCAUCCAUCUAAGCCCCAAGUUGAGCAGAUUAUGUAAGUUUUAGACCUUGGCAGAUCUUCUUUAAACUGAAGUGUUUUCAGACGUUCCUGGUGGUGAGAAGGUGGUGAUGUCAUCGUGUAUGUUCGCAACACUGCAGCAGAAUCCACAUGGGGAGGGGGCUUCUGUAGCCACUGAGGAGCUUUGACUAUCAGUAUUGUAUGGGUCUGGGGUCACCCCUGGACUUCAGGCCCUACAGGGCAUGCGCCCACCAGAACCCAGAAACUACAGUCUUGUUCGACAUUUCUUAACGCUUUGUAUGACUUUUGUGCAAUUAUAUAAGUUCUGUUUGGACAAAAUGCUGUUACCUUCUAUGGCCCCAUUCAAUGAAAAUGGAUCUCUCAUUCCCAAGUAAGAGGAAUACAUUUGUUAUUGUUGUUUUUAAAAUAUACUAUAAAACAAUACCGA